GUCUGAAAAUUGAGAGACACUGAAUUCUAGUCCCAUCCUAGGCACAAAGAAACCAGGCUGAUUUGUGGCCAGUCACACACUCUCAGCUCUAGAAAAAAGGCAAGAAUAAACCUGAAAAUCUUGCCAAGAAAACUGAAAUGUUAUUGCCAGGCAUCUAGAUUCAUUUGUGUGUAUGUGCGCACAUACACACGUGCACAAACAGACUAUAUGCAAAUGGAAACAUAUGUCCUCCAUCAGUCAUCAACAGGUUACAGAAAUCUGAUCUAAAUGGCUUUUUUUGUCAUGAACACUAAAACAUGAUCUGCUAGCAGUCUUAAGAGUUGGAUUGUCUCAUUCUGAUUUAUCGUUACAUUUUGGGUUACAUUUUGAUUAUCUUCUCAACAUAUAAAAAUCAUGUUUACAAUGAAAAUCUUAUUCAGUUUAAAAUAAUUCAUUAAGUAUUACUAUAAGAAACCCUUAAAGAUAUAUAUCAUUCUUGGAAAAGUGUUGAUUUUAACAACAUGCAUUUCCCCCGUUAGCUCAAAAGGAUUUUUUAAGCACUUAAAAACGGAUGGCUCUAUUCCACAUUUCAUCUAGUUGGACCACCACCAAAGAACAACCUGUUCUUGUACUACUUUGCUAAUGAUUAGGUAAAAACCCAUUUUUCUAGUUUGUCUUGAUUGCUACUUUGUAAACUAUUGCAGUGAGACCUCUCUGAUUCAGUGGGCAAAGAUGGGCUCCCUACAGUAGUGGAAAUCUUAUGGUUUCUUAUAAUAGUAAAGAGUUUUAUAUACCCACACCUCUGGUUCCCCACUCCUGCAGGGAUGUGUCCCCUUUAAGAACGGUGGUCCUGACAAGUGUGUUGUUGUUUUCGUUAUAGCUAGAUGUUUUCUUUUAGAAGCAUGAAAAAAUCUCCUUAUACCAGAUCAGAUUAUUGGUCCAUUACCUCAGUAUUGUUCACACUGAUUGGAGACUGCAGAAUUCAGAUAAGGUUUUUCCACCCCCAGUUUGUUCAAGCAUCACUUUGCGAUCGAGGUCUUCCUGCAUGCAAGGCAGGUUCUUUAUCAUCGAACUACAUGCAUUUCCAGUUUGGAACAUUCUGAUCUAAUCUUUGCAGAUAUAUAAUAAACCGACACAAGUCUCUGCCGGGCCAAAGCGGGCUGUGUGCGUGCGCACAUGCGCAUCCCUCUCACAAGGAUUGAAAUUGACCUCCACAUGCUUAUUCCGCUAUUGGGUUGUAACUUCUAAGCUUCUUCAUGUAGAAAAAAAAGCCCCAUUCGAUUGCUUUGACUGAAAGGAAUGCGGAAACCCUGGAAAUGGCCCUUUUAAAGUAUUGAACAACACCGACACGCCGGAGACAGACGGAAACAUAUUUUGUGUGUAGCAAGGUGAGGGAGGCGGGAUUCACGUAUGAAUAUGCCGGUGGCUGACCACCGAGGAAGGCACAAGAGGAAUUAACCCAGAACGUCGGCGACUCCCUCUUCCUCUUAGCGACAUCCGAGUCGUUUUGGGACGGAAAAAGCCAGCGAGGAUGGCAGCACUUCUCUCCGCCUGUUUCUCCGCCCCCUUGGCCGCUUCUCGCCAACCCGCUUGCACCAGCGGCUGGAGUGGGCACGCCCCCCUUCUCCGCGGCGAGGAGCGGGAGACCCUCUUGUGGGGCUUUGCGCCCUCGGCAGGAGGCUCCUGCAGCCACCGCGGAUGAGCCUUCCCCUUUAGAGGUCAGCGUAGCCACCGGGCUUUCCUUCGCCCGCAGGCUUCUAUGGGCUUGGGCUAGUCGCCUUUCACCCUGUCCUCCUUCCUCUUCACGCCCGGUUGGCAACCGAGGCUGCGGCGUAGCGCCCAGGGGCGGCUGGCAACGGCUCAGCCGCGGCACGGAUGUCGGUCUCCAGGUGCUGCAGAGGCGGAGGAGACCGCGGUAAACCUGAGCGCCUUUUGCGGGGCCGGGCUUGGAAAGUAUGCAUGACAAACUGUCCUACUCUGAUUGUAAUGGUUGGCCUUCCAGCAAGAGGAAAAACUUACAUAUCAAAAAAAUUGACACGCUACUUAAAUUGGAUUGGAGUGCCUACAAAAGAGUUUAAUGUUGGACAGUACCGUCGAGAUUUGGUAAAAACAUACAAAUCCUUUGAAUUCUUCUUGCCAGACAAUAAAGAAGCCCAGAAAAUCCGAAAACAGUGUGCCUUAGCAGCACUAAAUGAUGUUCGGCGAUAUCUUUUUGAAGAAAAUGGGCAUGUGGCAGUUUUUGAUGCUACAAAUACUACAAGGGAACGUAGAGACACCAUAUAUAAGUUUGGUGAAGAAAAUGGAUUUAAGACUUUUUUUGUGGAGUCAGUAUGUGUUGAUCCUGAGGUUAUUGCUGCAAAUAUUGUGCAAGUGAAAUUAGGCAGUCCUGAUUAUGUUGACUGUACUAGUGAUGAAGCUACAGAGGACUUUAUGAAAAGAAUUGAGUGUUACAAGAAUUCAUAUGAGACGUUGGAUGAAAAUCUAGACAAGGAUCUUUCUUAUAUUAAAAUCAUGGAUGUUGGAAGGAGUUAUCUUGUAAAUCAUGUAAUGGAUCAUAUCCAGAGUCGGAUUGUUUACUACCUCAUGAAUAUCCACGUAACUCCUCGUUCCAUCUACCUCUGUCGACAUGGUGAAAGUGAACUAAAUCUAAAGGGAAGAAUAGGAGGAGACACGGGCUUGUCCCAUAGAGGAAAAGAGUUUGCUAAGAGCUUGGGCCAGUUCAUUAAUGAUCAAAACAUCAAAGAUCUGAAAGUCUGGACAAGUCAGAUGAAGAGGACCAUCCAGACUGCUGAGGCUCUGAGAGUGCCUUACGAGCAGUGGAAAGUUUUAAAUGAGAUUGAUGCGGGAGUCUGUGAAGAAAUGACAUAUGAAGAAAUUCAGGAAAAUUAUCCAUUAGAAUUUGCUUUGAGAGACCAGGACAAAUACAGAUACAGAUAUCCCAAGGGCGAGUCCUAUGAAGAUCUUGUUCAAAGGUUAGAGCCAGUAAUUAUGGAGCUGGAAAGGCAGGAAAAUGUGCUUGUAAUCUGUCACCAAGCUGUUAUGCGUUGUUUGCUUGCUUACUUUUUGGAUAAGCCUGCAGAACAAUUGCCUUAUCUCAAGUGCCCUCUGCAUACUGUCUUAAAGCUAACUCCAGUGGCUUACGGUUGCAAAGUGGAAUCUUUAUUUCUAAACGUUGAGGCUGUAAAUACACACAGGGAUAAACCACAGAAUGUAGACAUUGUCAGACCUCCUGAGGAUGCCCUUAUAACUGUCCCUGCUCACCAGUGAAUCCUGUUUCCUGAUCAGCUAUGAAAGAUGUGAAUGUGUGCGUGAGCCGCUCUCGAGAAGAAGCCUUGAGGACUGUACCUAAUAAUUUGUAGCUCUCUGGACUCCCAGCACUGUCCGGUGUCAACAUUAAGGACACUUCUCAGGGACACGACGAUGAUGAGAGCCUUAGAAGGAGACAGCCAGAAAGGCAGAAAAAUGCCUGCUCUCUUCUUUUAAAAUGGAUUUCAAGACAAACUGAGCAUUAAAGGCAAAAAUGUACCAAGUAUUUAUGGAACCCAGGAUGAAAUUAGUUUUUAAUUUAAUAUAUUUUGUUUUCAGCCUGUCAUUUUUGAUCAUGAAUGUUAUAUGUACAGGUGUUGUUUUGAGAUUCUUCUAGAAUUAGAAUAUUUUCUUAAGCUGGUCUUUCUGUUAAAAACAGUCCUCCUCUGAUUAUUUUAUUCAAACCUUAUGCCCAUGAAAUUUGAUGUGCACAAAAAGUAUUUUAAACCUUUUCAUCUACUAGACAAGAUAUUUAUCAUCUCCAUCAAACUUCAAUUUGUUUUCAUUUCAUAAUUACAGUGCUUUGGUUGAUAACACAAAAAACUAAAUGUUUAUAAUAUAUUCAAUAUUAUAAAGUGCACUAUUAAAAUUUCCAGUUUUGGGGUGGGGCAAUAAUGUUGUAGCAGUUGGUAUUUAUAACACCAACUUUCUAAAUAAUUUUAUUAAAGGUUCUGUUUCCAUUUUAGCAUUAAAAUAUUUUCUCUUUUAUGCUCCUACAUUAUAAAGUGCUGCAGAGCCUCCUAGAUAAUUUAUUCAAGUGAUUUUUUUUAUCAAAAAUAACAGCAGAUUUCUUCCUACUUCAUAUACAAAGUAGAACCAUUUUCUAAAGCCUUUUUUUAAAAAAAAUAAUCUCUAAUUCUAUUUAAAAAUACUGAUGGAUAGUCAAUUAGUCAAAGUUGGCCUGCAUAUUAUUCAUAAUUUCCAUAAGCACUAUUUUAUAUGGAAGUCCCCAACCCCUGGGCCAUGACCCAUUUGAAACUGGGCCGCACAAAUGGUGGGCAAGCAUGCACAACUCCAUUUGUGUGAGCUGUGUGCAUGUUUGUGAACCAUCCCCUUGCCCCCAGCCGAUGCCAGUCCCUAAAGCCAGAAAGGUUUGGGACUGCUGAUUUUAUAUAUUAUUCUUUGAGGAAAUUCCUGUAAAGCCUGUGAAAAUUAAAAUAAUCUUACAUAGACAAGAAUAACAAUAUGGAACGUGGUGGUUAAAAGUCCAAAAAUCUUAUUGCUGCAAUGUGCAGCACCAGUCUUGAGAAACACAUAUGACUUUAAGAAGUUCUAGUGAGCCAAUAAUAUUGAUGAACCUCUUCCGUUUUCCCUUUAAACCAAAGAUAAAGUAUUAGCUUGUUUUGAAUGUUUCAAAAGUAGGCAGAGUUAAAUUGAAAGAUAUUUUUUUAUUGGAGGAGCUAGCAGAUGUCAUGCACUGAAUACCAUCAACAAGUUCAGGUAAUGGUGGAAGGAUUUACUCCCAAAGUAAAUAACAAUGACAGUUUUUCAAAUUGUCUUUUAAGAUUUUGCAAGUAUAUUAAAUCAUUCAACUUAAUCCAUUCUUGCCUGAAACCUUCUGAGACAUCCGUGUCCUUUUCUGAGACAUUUCAAAAUGCUGAAGAUUUGGAAAUGGCACAUGAUUUCUGCCUUUUUAAUUUUUUAUAUGCUUUUAAAACAUUAAUUGGGAGUAUGGACACUGAGAUGCUUGCAAGAGCUUUGUUGCUAAGCCCUGGUUUAGUAUUCUGGCGUUCUUUUAUAAAAGAGAACCAGCACAUCCUUCAACCCUGUCGCCACCAUCAUCAUCAUCAUCUUUGGGGAUUAGCAUCUACUGCUCCUCCUCCUGUAUGGAUUGGGAGGAAAGCAUAAGAGACAUGGGACCACUGCUCCUGUAGUUGGAUUCUCAAAGAUGCACAGAAAAAUGCAGGUUAAUUUGCAGAAUUUUAACGUCCUGCUUUCAAAUGGAAUUUGUACAGAAGCAAUUCCUCUUUGAGUUUGCAUGUUAAGUCAUGUAUAUAUUUGUAUUAAGUCAUUAUAUAAUGUCAUUAUUUGUGUGAUAGAAAUCAGGCAGAAGAUUAGAUACCUGAAACAAAAAUUAGUUUUGUCCUCACUAAUUGGAAGUGUAUUUUAAAAUCCCCUGUCUAUAUAGAUAUCUUAUCGAGCCAUACUACCUUAGUGGUGAAAGCUCUGUGCAAUGUACUGUGUUAGCUUUGCAGAUAAGGCUCAGUUUGUUUCUUUAUUUUUAUGUCGCUGGUGCUAUAAUGUAUGCUGUGGCCAGGCUGUGAACUCCUUGUUUUGCAAUGCAUUCAGUGCUGAAGAAAUAAGCCAGAAAGUCAAACUUACGUCAGAAAGAUAAACAAUAGUAUUAAAAUAGAAAUUAUUUAACUAACAUAUAAAAAGCACUUGAGCUGUAUUGUAUCAUAAAAUAAUUUUUGCAUUGUAAAGUAUUUAUUCAGGUAGAUAAUCAUUUACAAUGUUUACCUGACUGGAAGGAAUUCUCCCCCUACCCCAAUAUCUCUGAAUUCAGUCACUUAGUGCUAUUGAAAAUAACAUAGAAGAUGAGAGAGGCUGCUUUUCUGUAAUGCCUAAACUCUCUCUCUUCUAUCCCCAUCCAAAUAUAUUUCCCAAAAGUUUUCUUGUUUUUAUUUUCCCGGGAAGCCACCCCAAAACUCCAUUCCAUCCAUUUUGCCCCUUUUCCCCAUUUCCAUUAGAAGGAAGGAGGGAGGGAGGAGAUUCUGUGUAUGCAUACGUACAUAUUUGUCUGUGUAAGACUGAUUUAUAUGUGAAAGAAUGAUGUGCACACAGGGAAUCAGUUAAUAAUAACGUUUGUCCCAAUCCUGUCUUUAUUAAGACUCUGUUUUUAGAAGAUAUAUAAGCACACCUGCAUAGAUGCCUAACAUAUACAAGUGAUGUCAUACAUAAACAUUGGAGAGGUGUGGACAUCUCCAGGAUGUCAUUUGGAGUGGCAAUCAUAAGCUUGACAUAGUAUGUAAUGUGUUUUUUCUCCCAUUUUGGGGGGAUGGGUUGCCUUCUCUUUGGAUAAAUACGGGCAGUCCUUGGCUUACAUUCAGCAACAAUUUGAACCCAUGACAGUGUUCAGCAAAUGGUUCUUACAACAUGUCCUCUGAAAUCCAGCAAUUGCUCUGCUCCCUCUGUCACAAGAUCACAAUUUCUGACAUUCUCUGCCAGCUUCCCACAAAGUUAGUAAGAAGCCGGCAGGAAGUCAGAAGUCAGUGUCAUGCGAGGUCCUUGUUUAACAGCAACCUGGGCUGUCAGAACUGCCAUCACUAAGUAGUCCCAAUUGCUAUCGUAAAUUGAAGAUUACCUGUACGGUACUAGAAGGGACCAGAAAAAAACCCAUUGCUAUACUUUAAUAGGUCUCUCUUAUGCAGCAGUUGUGUUUUAUCAUGAUACUUUUUGAGCUUCUCUGGAUGUGGGCCACUGCCGGGGGGGGGGGGUAAUUUAAUUCUCUAAAAGCUGAGAGUUAACCAGAAGAAAAAUGUGUAGAUGUAUAGAUCUGUUUUGAAUUUUGUAGAAAAUAUAAUUUACUCAUUUCUAAAUGAAGCCAGUAGACUAGCCUUCAUUGAAAAUGUGUCAUUACUUCAUAGAUUCCCUUUCCUGAAGAGAAAUAUUUGUUUGCAUAUCUUCAUAUUUUUUUAAUGUGUACAACUUGGUGGCUAAAUAUUUAAUGUAUAAUAGAUAUUUUUAUAGGCCAUAUCUAAAUAUACUUUGUUAAUUGUGAUCUAUUUAGAGAAAAGGCCAUAUAACCAGAAAAAAAAUCAUUAUUUGCAAUACAAUUAUAAAUUUAUGUUGAUACUUGAAAAGACUAAGAAGUUGUUGAUUCUGAUUUAACAAGUUGUGAUCUUAAAUACAAAAACUUCUUGAAAUUAGUUGCACUAUCUUCCAAGUAAAUAAGUCCAAAAAUCAUAAUCAUAAAUCAUAAAAACUCUCUACUAUCAGCUUCAAAUAAAUAAACUUGUAAUGGCCUUCAGAAUACCUGUUGAAUAUUUUGUUUCACAGGACUUACUACCUUUUUAAGUGUAAAAAGUGAAUUAUGGAAAUGUGAAUUUUAAUCAAGAAGCCGUUAUUAGCACUCGCUUAAUGUGUGAAAAUAGCCUAUAGGAAUAAUGUGGAAAUGAGAAUGUUAUAAGUAUUUUUUUUCUCAAUUUAUAUGGUGGAUUCAUAUGAUUUCGAAUUAAAUUUUAAUUCAGACAUGAUUGUUCAUUUAUUUAAUGCAGAUUUUUCAGCUAUAGUUGGGCAAUUUAUUACUUGUCGUAAGAGGUUUCCUGAUAUUUCUCCAAAACAAUAAAAUCUUAGUUCUAAA